GCGUAUGGGCAACCCGUCAGAUGGCUGGGACCUCUGAAGCUGAUCGUGAGUGGUACGUCAAAACAACAAUCAAAGAACUCGUCAUUUAUUUGGUAUUUCUGACUAUUUUAUGCAUACUGACGUUUGGAAUGAUGAGUCCCAACAUGUACUACUUGACCAAGGUGAUUAGUGAACUGUUCUUGGAAUCACCUUAUGAAGAUACCAGAAAUAAUGUUAAAGGUUCAACACAGAUAAUAGAUUUCUGGAGAUUUGAACAGUAUGUUAUGCAUGAUUGUUUGUUUUGGGAAAAAUGGUAUGACAAUGAAGGAACGCCCACGCUAAUGGAAGAUAGGAAUGUUCUCUACGAAAAUCGCUUAUUAGGUUCGCCUCGACUUCGUCAGCUACGUGUCAGGAAUGAUUCCUGUGUAGUACAUGAUGAUUUUAAAUCCUCCAUAUCUGAAUGUUAUGACGUAUACUCUCCUCAGAUUGAGGAUACAAGGCCUUUUGGACUUAUUAAUGGAACAGCCUGGACGUACUUUACAGAACGAGAACUUGGUGGCUCAAGUCACUGGGGUCUUUUAUCUACAUACAGUGGAGCCGGAUCUUACGCUGAUUUAGGUACCAAUUCGGAACAAUCCAAAGCUGUAAUGAAAGUCCUAAAAGAAAACCUUUGGAUAUCCAGAGCUACGCGAGCUGUCUUCUUAGAUUUCACGGUCUACAAUGCAAAUCUGAACUUGUUCUGCAUUGCCAAGAUCGUCUUCGAAUUUCCUGCAACUGGUGGAAUGAUUCCUUCGUGGAGUUUCCGCACUGUGAAGCUCUUGCGCUAUGUCACAACAAGUGACUACUUUAUUUUCAUAUGUGAAAUCAUCUUCACAGUAUUUGUAGUAUAUUACCUUAUAGAAGAAAUAUUAGAGAUUAAACGAAACAAAUGCAAAUAUUUCAAGGAUUUCUUUAAUAUUCAAGACAUCUUAGUACUUCUGGUGUCUUUCUUAUGCAUAGGAUUCAGUGUGUAUCGCAACAUGGUCAUGGAUGGCUUGCUUCAAGAACUUCUCAGCGAACCCGAUACUUAUCCAAAUUUCGAGUUCCUUGGUUAUUGGCAAACACAGUUUAAUAAUCUUGUCGCUCUCACAGUGUUUUUGGCAUGGAUCAAAAUUUUCAAAUACAUAAGCUUCAACAAAACUAUGACACAACUUUCCUCGACUUUAUCUAGAUGUUCAAAAGACGUUGCUGGCUUUGGAAUUAUGUUCUUCAUUGUAUUUUUUGCAUUUGCGCAGUUAGGAUAUCUGCUGUUUGGAACAGUGGUUCGUGACUUUAGCACUUUUGCCAAAGCUGUAUUCACGCUACUGCGACUCAUUCUUGGUGAUUUCAAUUUCUAUGAACUAGAAGCAGCGAACAGAAUUCUUGGGCCCAUAUAUUUCCUUAGUUACGUGUUUUUUGUGUUUUUCGUGUUGAUGAAUAUGUUCUUGGCAAUUAUCAACGACACUUAUGCAGAAGUGAAAACAGAGAUCGCUUCUCAGAAGAACGAAUUUGAAAUUGCUGAUUAUUUUAAAAAGGGUUUCAACAAUAUGAUGGGGAAACUAGGAAAACGUAACCAACUCCUUGACUUGCAAAACGCACUUAAACUGGCAGACACAAAUGGAGACAACAAACUAUCUUUUGAGGAAGUCCGACAGAAGUUAAGACAGCAGAAUUUUACAGACAUGGAAAUCGAAAUGCUUUUUGCCAAGUAUGAUAUCAACAACGACCGUGAGUUAGAUGCUGAUGAAACGAAGAUGAUGCUCGCCGAUUUGGAUGGCCAAAGGUUGGAAAUUGAUCGUCAGAUGAAGCAUGAGAAAACCAGUAGCACUGUUGAUUCAAGCAAUACACUUGCCUUGGCAUCUCUUGUUUCUCAGCAAGAUUUCAACAG